GGUGCCCCGGAAGUGAACUUUCUCUUCCGGAUCGAGGGCUCCGCGCGUCCACACGUGGUUGCGGUUUCUUUGGGCGCCGCAGUGACCGAGGUAACUUCGAGCGCUCCCCGAAAAGCUAGGGUGCCGAGCGGGUGGGGCUGGAGCCAUGGAGGCCCCGAACGUGGAGGAGCUGCUGGUGCAGGCGGAGCGGGACGAGGCUCAGAAGCUGCAGCGCAUCACGGUGCACAAGGAGCUGGAGCUGGAGUUCGACCUGGGCAACCUGCUGGCUUCGGACCGGAACCCCCCGACCACCGUGCGGCACGCGGGAGCCACGCCGGAGGCCGAGCUGCGCGCCCUGGCGCGGGACAACACGCAGCUGCUCAUCAACGAGCUGUGGCAGCUGCCCACGGAGCGCGUGGAGGAGGCGGUGGUGGCGCGCCUGCCUGAGCCCAGCACCCGCCUGCCCCGAGAGAAGCCGCUGCCCCGGCCGCGGCCCCUGACCCGCUGGCAGCAGUUCGCGCGCCUGAAGGGCAUCCGUCCCAAGAAGAAGACCAACCUGGUGUGGGACGAGGCGAGCGGCCAGUGGCGGCGUCGCUGGGGCUACAAGCGCGCCCGGGACGACACCAAGGAAUGGCUGAUCGAGGUGCCAGGUGGCGCGGACCCCAUGGAAGACCAGUUUGCCAAGCGCAUUCAGGCCAAGAAGGAACGCGUGGCCAAGAACGAGCUGAACCGGCUGCGGAACCUGGCCCGCGCGCACAAGAUGCAGGUGCCCAGCGCCGCCGGCCUGCACCCCACCGGGCACCAGAGUAAGGAGGAGCUGGGCCGCGCCAUGCAGGUGGCCAAGGUCUCCACCGCCUCGGUGGGCCGCUUCCAGGAGCGCCUCCCCAAGGAGAAGGCGCCUCGGGGCUCCGGCAAGAAGAGGAAGUUUCAGCCUCUCUUCGGGGACUUUGCAGCCGAGAAAAAGAGCCAGUUGGAGCUACUUCGAGUCAUGAACAGCAAGAAGCCUCAGCUGGACGUGACAAGGGCCACCAAUAAACAGAUGAGGGAGGAGGACCAGGAGGCCGCCGCCCAGAGGAAGAAAAUGAGCCAGAAGGGCAAGAGAAAAGGAGGCCGACCAGGUCCUGGGGGCAAGAGGAAAGGUGGCGGUCCGCCCAGUCAGGGGGGGAAGAGAAAGGGAGGCUUGGGCGGCAAGAUGCAGUCCAGACCGCCUGGCGUGGGUGGCAAAAGGAGAGGAGGAGUACAGCCCCAUGGAGGGAAGAGGCGGAAGUAAUAGUUCCACCCUCGGACCUGUUCUCUGGAGCAAGAACUGUGCUGAGUGUUGAUUUCGGAGUCCUAAGUUGGGGGAGCUGAAAAGGAAAUGGCAUUGAGGUGGAAGGGGCAAGUUUGCCCUCCUCUCCAGCGAGUGAGGACUACAACGAAGUAAUGUUUUCCCCACAAUCGAGACUGGCUGGAGAGUAAGAGUGUCUUUUAGGACUUGAGAAUUACAGGUGUAAUUUGGUUAGAACCAGAGUGACUUCAUGGCCAUUCUUUUUUAUUUUUACUUUUGGAUAUUGGUUGAAUUAUAUUUUCGAGACUUCUGAUAGAUUGAUUGAUUUAUACAUUUUUGCAUUAUUUUUAUAACAAACUUGUAUAUUUGUCGAGGCGGAGAGAAGGAGAAAUCGCAUCUAUCCAAGUGGUUUGGAAAUACUGGAAAGGUUAUUUAAUAUAAGUAUGCUGGCAUCUGGUGUUGCAUUUUACUUUUUUACUGUUGGAAGAAGUUGUACACGCAGCAGUGACCUGGGUAGCAGUGUUGAUUAUUUUUGUACACUUUUCUAGUUUCAACACCAUUUAAAGUACUUUAAAUGACUUAUGACAGUAAAUGGUAAUGAACUUGUCAAUUCAGAAAAUCCUUAAGUCUUUCUGUGUUUAUAAUCCGUGGGUUUGGUUUGUUUUUGUUUUUGUUCUUUGAGACACGUUCUCACUCUGGCCUGUAAUUCACUGUGUAGCCUAGGCUGACUUUGAACUUGAGAUUACAGGUGUGGGUUACCACCCCCAGAAGAGGUGAAAUGUGUAUAGCUGUCCAGGGUCCCCUUUCUCACCAUCAGUAUCUGAUUAAUCUUAAUAAACAUCUUUGUAUAAAUAAA